AUGUAUUCGGUUGAGUGGCAAAAGCGAGGAUUACCUCAUGCACACAUUUUGGUUUGGUUCAUCGACAAAAUCCGUCCUGAAGAAAUCGAUAGUAUCAUUUCUGCGGAAAUUCCAGAUCCAUCCACUGACCAACUGCUGUUUGAUAUUGUUACAACAAACAUGAUUCAUGGUCCAUGUGGUACUCUUAAUAGUUCAUCGCCUUGCGUGGCUGAUGGAAAAUGUACUAAAAAUCUCCCUAAAGAUUUUACCAAUGAUACGGUCACAAAUGUCGACGGAUACCCAAUAUAUCGUCGAAGAAAUCCUGAAAAUGGCGGACAAUCAUUUAUUAAAAAUAUCAUCAACACAGACAUUGAUAUUGACAAUCGUUGGGUGGUGCCAUAUUCGCCUCUGCUGAGCAAGACAUAUAAUGCUCAUAUUAAUGUUGAGUUCUGCAGUUCUGUGAAGAGCAUCAAAUACAUUUGCAAGUAUGUCCAUAAAGGCAGUGAUAUGGCUGUGUUUAGAGUGGAAAAUACUAAUGUGAAUGCUCCUCCAGUGAAUAAAAACGAUGAAAUAACGCUCUACCAAAUUGGUCGGUACAUCAGCUCCAAUGAAGCUGCUUGGCGUAUCUUUGGUUUUCCAAUUCAUGAACGGGAUCCAGCAGUUGUUCAGUUAGCCAUCCAUCUUGAAAACGGUCAGCGUGUAUUUUUCACGAACGAGACAGCGAUUGAUCGUGCAAUAAAUCCACCUAAAACUACACUCACUGCAUUUUUUGAAUUGUGUAAUCGUGCGGAUGAUUUUGGUGCCUUUGCACGAACAUUACUCUAUUCACAAGUACCACGCUAUUUCACAUGGACUCAAACAAAAACAUGGAUGCCCCGCAAGCAAGGCUCACCAGUUGCUGCAUGUCUCAAUUUAUUUAAAUCAAACGCCUUGGGGCGAUUAUUUACAGUCAAUCCAAGACACACGGAGUGCUUUUAUCUUCGACUGUUGUUGGUUAAUGUUACUGGCCCAUUAUCAUUUCAAGAUAUACGUAAAGUGAAUGGGCAACAAUAUCCAACGUAUAAAGAUGCAUGCCUUGCACUCGGCUUGCUGGAAGACGACAACCAGUGGGAAUGCAUGCUUGCUGAAGCUGCAUUGAACUGUACAGCAAUACAAAUUCGUCUACUAUUCGCUAUAGUGUUGACUACAUGUUUCCCAGCCCGAGCACAGAUAUUAUGGGAAAAUCACAAAGAUUCAAUGACUGAUGAUAUAUUGCAUCAACAUCGUAUACGGUGCCACGAUCUAACCAUAACAUUCAGCGACGAAAUGUACAAUGAAGCAUUGAUUGCUAUUGAGGAUCUUUGCAUUGUCAUUGCCAACUUACCACUUAGUAAUUUCGGUAUGAAUUCGCCAAAUCGAACUGCAUCUGAUUUAAUGAAUACUGAAAUGAAUCGUGAACUGCAGUACAGUACUGUAGAAAUGGCAGCGAUUGUUGCCCGCAAUGUCCCACUAAUGAAUGAGGAACAAAGAACCAUUUAUGAUCGCAUUAUGCUCGCAGUUUCAGCUGGACAAGGUGGGUUCUUCUUUUUGGAUGCACCGGGUGGAACUGGCAAAACAUUCGUUAUUUCGCUAAUUCUUGCUGAAAUGCGAUCAAAUAAUGGCAUCGCAUUGGCCGUUGCAUCAUCGGGCAUUGCAACAACUUUAUUGGAUGGAGGUAGAACAGCUUAUUCAGUGAUUUCAGACAAACACUUCCAGUCAUUCCACGUUCAACAUACGCUGAUGAGAUCAACGCUUGCUUAA